AAAACUGGGGCAGGCAACUGAGAAUGUCAUCCUAUUUGGCUCAGGAGGUUCACCUUGCUAGAAGACAUGAAGAGAUACUGUCUCGGAGAUCAGAGCUGCUACAGCAGAUGGAGACUUAUCUAGGAGACAAAAAGACUAAAAAGACAUGGCAAACUCAAGCAGCUGAUGCAGCUCGUAAAAGGAAUGCAACACUUUUAAAUGAUAUAGAAGCAGCAGAAAAAAAGCUGCAGGAAAGAAUGUAUUUACUUCCACAUCCCGAUACUGUUAAGUUAGAAACUCUCUAUUGGGCAUCAAUAAAAGAAUCUCUUCCCAAGUGGGAACAGUUUCUUUUAGGAAGAGCAGAAAUUCCUAUUGGUUUUAAGAAAAUGAAAACUGCAAAACAGAACACAAGCUACCCAGAAGAAGAUUCACAAAAAUAAACACUCUAGUUUCAUUUUGUUUUGUAAUUUAUGGCUUUAGCAGACAAGAUCAUCCAGAUCAGGCAACAGAAUAUCGUGCCAUUAUAUUGUCACCUAAAUCAUUUAAAUGAAGAUUAACUAUAUUGGAUAAUUUGCUUCCGCUGUUGCAUUGUGUACAAUUCUUUAUUUUUGUUCGAUAGCAAAGAAGCAAUCCUCAAAGGGGCUUUUAGGAUCAAAAGUGAGAAACACUGGUAUGUAGAAACCCAAGGCAAUUGUGUUUUCAGUAUGAGAAGAGUUUUAGGUUAUUUUUAAUCCUCUGCUUCUGCAUAUAAGAGGGAUAAGUAAAGACAGAUUCAUGCAU